AUGAUGUUUGGAAGAGUUUCUCCGAAGUUCGUGGCUUCGUCCAAGAAGUUGUCACCAAAAGCUUGUAGUACAAAAAGGAAAGGGACAUCUCCAAAAGGUUGUACCUCAAAAAGGAAAGGGGCAUCUCCAAAAGCUAGAGCAUCAUGGACUUUUGAACAAGAGAAGACUCUAGUUGAGUUGUUUCAUGAGCAUAACAACCCAUCAUUUAGGGGAGACAAUGGAUGGUCUACUGAAGCAUGGAACAAGAUAACAAGAGAAAUGAAUGAGAAGCAUCCAUAUGCUUUAUUCACAAAGCUGCAGAUACAAAAUAAGGAAAAGGAGCUCAAAAGGGACUAUCGCUUCCUCAAAGAAGCAAGGAUGCAAAGCGGAAUCUCAUGGGAUGACUCAAGGAAGAUGGUGGUGGCUGAACCUGCAUUGUGGGAAAAUAUUCUCAUUUCAUUUCCUAAAGCGAAGAAGUUCCGCUCCAACAGGGCUUCCUUUCCAUUGUUUGAUGCUUUAGGAGAGCUACAUGAUGGACAAACAGCUGAAGGAACUUUGAACUUCACGUCAUCUGAACCUUCUCAACAUCCUAUUCUUACUCAAGUUGAUAAUCAACCAGAAAAAGUGGUUGGAAAAGAUCCUAUGGAGGUUCAAGGUACUGUUGGGAAGCGAGUGGAGAAGGAGCUAAAGAAACGCAAGAAAGCUGAUGUUGCAGGGAUGAUGGAGAGCUAUAUUGCCAUGAAGACCAAGCAAGCUGGAGAGGAAGCUGCAGCAAGGGAGAGAGCCAAGGCUGAUGUAGAUGAGUUUUCAAUCAAGAAAUGCAUCGCUGUGGCGAACGAAAUUGAAGAGCUAACCACUGAAGAAAAAGUAGAUGCCUUUGAUGUUUUCAUGAAUGAACAAAAGAGAGAGAUUUUCCUCAGCGCCGAUCCAUCAAGUCGCAUCAUGUGGUUAAGGAGGCAAUUGGCUAGACUAGCUUGA